UUCUUCUACAUGUCACAAGUCGGCCAUAGUCUUUUCUAAAGUGCAUGGUGGUGUGAAAAUAGGUAAGACCCAACUAUGCAGAUUUUCGUCAAAACCCUAACGGGCAAGACCAUCACUCUUGAGGUCGAGCCCUCAGAUACUAUUGAAAAUGUCAAGGCCAAGAUCCAAGACAAGGAGGGAAUUCCCCCAGAUCAGCAAAGAUUGAUCUUUGCCGGUAAACAAUUGGAAGAUGGCAGAACCCUUUCAGACUACAACAUCCAGAAGGAGUCAACCUUGCACUUGGUGCUUAGGUUGAGGGGAGGAGCUAAGAAACGCAAGAAGAAGAAUUACUCUACUCCCAAAAAAAUCAAACACAAGAAGAAGAAGGUCAAGAUGCCCGUUCUUAACUUUUACAAAGUUGACUACAGUGGAAAGAUUCACAGACUUAGACGUGAAUGCCCUAGUGAACAGUGUGGAGCUGGAGUCUUCAUGGCAGCCAUGGAAGACAGGCACUACUGUGGAAAAUAUGGAUACACCCUGGUUUUCUCUAAACCAGAAUAGUUCUUAACACUAUGA